AUGUUUUUCAAGUCCACAGCAACGAUAGAGGAGUUUCCUUACUUUAAUCCAGAUACAGAAAGGCGAGUAGCGCUAAUUACUGGUGGGAACAGCGGUGUGGGAUUCCACACUGUCUUGCAUCUAUAUUUGCAUGGUUAUAUCGUAUACAUUGCCAGUAGAUCGAGAUCGCGGUUCACAAAGCUGUGUAAAGAGCUACACCAACGGGCAACUUCAUCAAUAAACAGUCGAGUUUGUCUGCAAAAUGACCAGCUUAAAAAGGACGAUUUGAAAAAUAGCCGUGAAAAUCGACAGCUUGGCGAAUUGCAUUUUCUUGACCUAGAUUUGACCAGCUUACAAUCUGUGCUCCGAGCAGUCGAACUGUUUAAAGCCAGAGAAAAAGAUUUGCACCUACUAAUAAAUAAUGCAGGUGUAAUGGCGCUCCCGUAUACUUUAACACAAGAUAACUUUGACAUUCAACUACAAACCAACUUUAUAUCGCCUUUUUUGCUUACCUUAAAGUUGCUUCCAAUAUUGGAGCGGACUAGCGAACGAUAUCCAUUUAUCGAAAGACCAAGAGUUGUAUACUUGAGCUCAGUGGGCCACCAAUUUGCCUACAACUAUUUCAAUUUAUCAUCUCCAAUGAAUUAUAGCCCCAAUUUCAUCUUCACCUGGGUGCGAUACGGAAUUGCAAAAACAGCAGGCAUACAUUUUAUGAAAAUGCUCUCGUUGCGGAAUCCUAAAAUCUUAUGUCUCUGCGUUCACCCUGGAUUUGUUAUGAACACAAACAUAUUCUCGUAUUGGACUAACCUACCCCUCGUGGGGAUCUUAUUUUGGUGUUUCUUCCAACUAUUCUCCUGGUUUUUUGGUGUCACUGCAGAACAAGGUGCCAACACUAUUUUACAAAGCUCGCUAAACCCAGCUUUAACUCUUGAGAAAAGCAACGGGAAGUAUUACGGAAACCAAGGGAACGAAAUACAACCGUCCAAGGUUGCUAGCAACAUGGACUAUGCAGCAAGAACGUGGAUUUGGACGGUACGAGAGCUAUCUGAGAGAGGAAUAACAAUUCUGGAUUUGUGA